AUGGGUGUUGAGCAAGUUCUAAAGAGAAAGACUGGUGUUAUCGUCGGUGACGACGUGCGUGCUCUUUUCGACUACGCAAGAGCUAACAAGUUCGCUAUCCCAGCCAUCAACGUCACUUCUUCUUCCACUGUCGUUGCUGCCUUGGAAGCUGCUCGUGACAACAAGUCCCCAAUCAUCCUACAAACCUCCAACGGUGGUGCUGCCUACUUUGCUGGUAAGGGUGUCUCUAACGAGGGCCAAAACGCCUCCAUCAAGGGUGCCGUCGCCGCUGCUCACUACAUCAGAGCCGUCGCUCCAGCCUACGGCAUCCCAGUCGUGCUACACUCCGACCACUGUGCCAAGAAGCUAUUGCCAUGGUACGACGGCAUGCUAGAGGCUGACGAGGCAUACUUCAAGCAACACGGCGAACCUCUUUUCUCCUCCCACAUGUUGGAUCUUUCCGAAGAAACCGACGACGAAAACAUCGCCACCUGUGUCAAGUACUUCAAGAGAAUGGCCGCCAUGGGCCAAUGGCUAGAAAUGGAAAUCGGUAUCACCGGUGGUGAGGAAGACGGUGUCAACAACGAGGACGUCUCUCCAGACUCCUUGUACACCCAGCCUGCACAAGUGUACGCCGUCUACGAAGCCCUAAGCCCAAUCUCUCCAAACUUCUCUAUCGCCGCCAGUUUCGGUAACACCCACGGUGUGUACAAGCCAGGUAACGUGAAGUUGAGACCAGAGAUCUUGGCAGACCACCAAAAGUACACUGCUGAGAAGGCCGGUACCAAAGAAGCCAAGCCAUUGUACUUGGUCUUCCACGGUGGUUCCGGUUCUUCCGUCGAGGAAUUCAGAACUGGUAUCGACAACGGUGUCGUCAAGGUCAACGUCGACACCGACUGUCAAUACGCUUACCUAGAGGGUAUCAGAGACUACGUGUUGAACAAGAAGGACUACAUCUCCUCAAUGAUCGGCAAUCCCUCGGGACCAGACGCUCCAAACAAGAAGUACUUUGACCCAAGAGUCUGGGUCAGAGAGGGUGAAAAGACCAUGUCCAAGAGAAUCGCUAUUGCUUUGGAAGACUUCAGAACUAUCAACACUUUGUAA